GAGGAAGAUUGUUCCAAUCUGUAAAUAACUGUCUACUUUACAGGAAGUGUACACCGAGAUCGAGUCUUUAUCUUUGCUUGCGAGUGACUUAAAGCACUUCAGGAAACACUUUAAAACUGCAUGGAAGCACGUUUUAAUUGCAAGGAUGCAAUGUAGGAAACACUUUAUUUCUGCAAGGAAGCAUUACAAAUUAAGUGAGACCAAUCCUUGGUGAGACCAAAAAGGUAUUUUGUGGAUUGGAUUCUUGCUCAAUUAAAUAGAGCCUGGAAAACGAAGCAAAACAAAAAACAGUUCGGCCACCAUGGGAUGCGGUCUAUCGUUCAUCGCCGACGAUGACGUGAAGUCUUCACAUCACGAAACAAACCAAGAUGACGACUCGGAAUUACGUCAUCGACCACCAUCGCCACGCGAUGCCCAUGAUAUCAACUUAAAUCGUAUCAAGACCAUUUCCAAGUCAGUUGCGAUUGAUGAAAAGCUCGGUGUGGUUCCACAUGAGAACGUGGAUGAGCCCGUGAUGCCUCCAAACAGUUCGUGCUCAACGCGUUACUUGGUGGCCUACCUUGCGUGUUUAGGAUUCCUCACGGCAUUCAUGGGAAGGGCCGCAUUGAGUGUGAGCAUGACGGCCAUGGUGAAUAGCACAAUUGACCACGAGCUUUAUGAGAUGAACCACCGUAACCAGUCUUUUGAUUUUCAAGUGUGUAAAGCAAAUGGUCCAACGAACGCAAGUGCUAAGGGACAGGACGGCCCUUUCCAAUGGAGCAGUUGGACUCAGGAGCUGAUUUUGGCAUCUUUUUAUAACGGGUUUCCAUGGUUACAGCUUCCAGCUGGUUACCUUGCCGAUGCAAAUGGUAGAGCAGCGGUCUGGCUGCUAGGGUUUGGUUAUGGUGUGUCUGCAGUCUGUACGCUUUUGACGCCGUUGGCCGCCCAUCUCGGAGUACCUUUUCUAAUGGCCACUCAGGUUGUUUCGGGUAUUACACAGGGUUGGACAUUUCCUGUUUUCAUUGCUUUAAUGUCACGAUGGGCGCCCCCUAGUGAGCGUAGCAGUCUUGUUGCUAUAGGAACGUCAGGUAUACCAUUGGGCCAGGUUAUAGGGCAACCUGUUGCUGGUCUUUGGGCAAGCUCCGAGUUCGCUGGGGGAUGGCCCUCGGCAUUCUACUUUUCAGGGGCGCUUGGUGUAUUGUGGUUCAUCGUGUGGAUGUGCCUUGUGUAUCCUUCACCGUCCUCUCAUCCACGCAUCUCAUCAAAAGAACGAGAAUAUAUUGAGAAAAGUCUCCUUCAUGAAACCAAGAAAGCUGCAGUGUACCCGUGGAAAUCUAUGCUCACAUCAGUUCCUGUACUAGCUGUAUGCAUCGCAGAUUUUAGCCUUUUGUGGAUCCUGUAUCUCUUCACAACGAACCUACCUAUCUACCUGAAAACAGUGCUUCAAUUUGACAUCAGACAGACGGGAUUUUUAGCGGCAGUACCAUUCGUGUUUUACUGGUUGGUUUGGACAGUUGGUGGAAGAUUUACAGACUUUCUGAUUGCUCGCACAAAGUUCAAGAUCACAACAAUCAGAAAACUUUUGACAUUUCUUGCCUUUAUGCCAUCCUCUGUCCUACUUGUGGCCAUGGGAUACGUCGGGUGCAACACCAGCGUAGCCAUGGUAACCCUCACUCUCGGUCUCUCCAUCACCGGUCUGGCGAUGUCUGGGGCGUCUAUGUGCCAACUCGACUUCGCUCCACGCUACUCGGGCAUCAUCAGUGCCGUCGUCAACAUGUUCGCAGCGACGUCGGGGUUCCUAGCUCCGUUGCUCAUCGGAAGGUUCACUGAAAAUCAGGCUGACCCACGUGGAUGGAAAAUUGUGUUCUGGACCAGUGCUGGCAUCAUGAUGUUCGGACUGGUGUUCUUCCUCAUCUUUGGUACAGCCGAGAUUCAGCCUUGGGCUAGAAAAACCGAAGAUGUGAAUAAGAAUGGUACGGACGACAAAUCACGCCGUGCAGAAUCAGAUGUUAGUUUGUUUUUACCCCAAUGCAAAUCUACUAGUGUUUAGUCAGCAAAGUCAAUACAUCUGAUGGGGUGAUCCCCUUAAAAAUCCUGUCAAAUUUGUAAUUUUAUUUCGUCAUUCUUUUUUUUAUUCCUUUGCUUUUUAGUCAAUUAUCUGUGUUAUAUUAUGUCUCAGUUCAAGUAUACCUCAAUAAACAUGACAAAACAAAGAAAAAAACACACGCAAA